CCCCGGGCCGGCUCAGAGCGCUCCGGCGGCCCAUGUGCACAGGCAGCACAGCCUCCUGCCGCUCCCACACCGCUCCAGAGCAGGGGCCCCCAGCCCAGAGAGAGCCACAGCGAGCCCAGCGAGCCCAGCUGAGCCCGGCCUAGCCCACCCCAGCCCAGAGAGAGCCACAGCGACCCCAGCGAGCCCAGCUGAGCCCGGCCUAGCCCAGCCCAGCCCAGCCCAGCCAUGGCGCGCCCACCCCGGGGGCGCGGGAGGAAGGCCCCGAGCGCCCAGCUGCUGUUCCGCAUCUUCAUCGGCAGAUCCGGGCCCGGCGGCCAACCCGUUGCCGUCGCCCGCGCGGGAGGGAAAGGCCGAGGCUAUGGACGCCCCCAGCGCGGCAGGAAGAGCGUCCGCUUCUCCGGCAGGAGCCGCCCGCUGCCCGCCUUCUUCCUCUUCAUGGCCCAGCACCGCAAGUCGCUCCAGGCCACCAACCCCAGAUGGACCGUCGUGCAGAUGGCCAAGAGGAUGGGCAAGAUGUGGCACAAGCUUCCCCAGAGAGAGAGGGAGAGGUACAUGGACCAGGCGGAUCGCAUGAAGAGCGGCCGGGGCGCGUACCGCGGCAGGGCCAUGGCCCGCAGGCCCAUGGGCAGGAGGGGCCAGGGCAAGAAGGACCUGGUGGUUUGCUUCACCACCAAGGCCGCCAGCCUGCGCAACUUCCUCAUGUCCUACCUGUGACUGCACCUCCCACCUGUGACUGCACUUCCCACCUGUGACCGCACUUCCCUCCCCGCUGAAGCAGAAGUUUCAAUAAAAGUUCCCCAAGUUCAUUCAGCAGCAAA